AUGGACUUUACUGCGAAGAUAAAGGAGCUCGAACGAGAACUCUCAGAGACGAGUGACUAUAAGACCUUGCAGAAGAAGACCAUAAGUCUUCGAAGUGAGCUGAAUACUCUGUCACAUUCUUUGACAUCUUAUGAAAAAGAACACUUCUCCAAUGAUAUAGAAAAUGUAUUAAAAUCUAUUAAUGCAAAAUUAUCUGAGUCAAAGGGCAAAAAACGACUAUUCUCCUUCAAACAGAAAAAUUCAUCAUCAGCCGUUCAUAAGAAUGUUGAACGUACGGAGCUUGCGAAUGCGCCGGCGUAUACCACUACUUUGAAAAAGCAUUAUGUCUUGGAGAAGGGUGAUUCAGCUUUUGAAAAUUUAGAGUUUUGUACUGUUACAUCAACAACAGAUUAUAGUGGCAAUAGUGCCCUUUCUGGUUCUUUGUGCUUUCGCAAUAUUACUAAAUGUGUCAUAAACUUACAAAGGAUUUUCUUUCAAACAGGGAGUAUUUUCAUAACUGAUUGUACGGAUUCUAUAAUUUUUCUACGGUCUCCUUCCGACAAGGAUUUCCAAAUCCGUUUACGUGACUUGAAAAAUUGCAAAAUUUUGAUAGAGAAACUCUCGCCAAGUAUCGAUUGCAAACAAGUGGUAAUCAUAGAAAAUUGUCACAAAUGCAUUUUCAACGCAAGCACUCGGGACCACCUAAUUAUACAAGAUUUCUCUAACCCCUUCCAAAGCGAAGAAACUGAGGACAAUUCUGCCUUUGCAUUUGAAGAUUUUGAUAUUUGUAACAAGGAUACAAUGCAGUUGUUUCGCGCUUACUUAUAG